AUGCUAGAGUUUUAUCAUAAUCUCAACAUAAACACCGGGCUGCCGCACGCCGUACCGAAUGCCGACACUAAUUUAAAGGAUAAUAAUAACAUGCUGGACGGUAAUGAACGCACAGAUAUCGUCGGUACAAUCAAGAGCGAAAAAACGCAGGAAAUAUGUGAAGGAUGCGGCCAGAAGAUAAAGGAUCGCUACUUCAUGAAGCUCUCCCCGGACCAGUUCUGGCACGAGCAGUGCCUUCUCUGCUGCAUCUGCCGCAUACAGCUAAACCAAACGUGCUACACGAAAAACACCAAGGUCUACUGCAAGGACGAUUACUAUCGGAUUUUCGGUGUGUCAUCCGUUCAUCAGCAGCACCAGCACCAACAUGGCCACCAGCAGGGUGGACGCACCGACCGGGACUGUUACGGUUGUGGCGAACGUAUCGCACCGAGCGAGCUGGUCAUGCGAGCGAAACAUCUCGUCUACCAUCUACACUGCUUCCUGUGCUACACCUGCAACCGGCCACUUCAAAAAGGUGAACCGUUUUCGCUUCGUGCCGGCAAGCUCGUCUGUCAGCACGACCUCGAGAAAGAUUUUUACGGUUCCGCGGCAGCAGCAGCCGCAGUAGCGGCGGCGGCCGCCAUGCAUCACCAUCAUGGAGCGGCGGGAGGACUGCCACAUCCAUCUCAUCUCCCCCCAGCAGCUCACCUGUACGGGGACGGCGACGAAUAUCUGCUCGACGAUGGACUCCGGACACGGGACGGGCGCCGUGGACCGAAGCGGCCCCGCACCAUCCUUACCUCGGCACAGCGCCGCCAGUUUAAAGCUUCGUUCGAUGUGUCCCCGAAACCGUGCCGCAAGGUACGGGAAGCACUGGCCAAAGAUACGGGCCUAUCGGUGCGGGUCGUGCAGGUGUGGUUCCAGAACCAGCGGGCAAAAAUGAAAAAGAUUUCGCGUAAAUCGAAGGCGAACGCAAACGGUGCGGAUGGCGAGAAGAACCAUUCGGAUAAGGAGGACAAAUCGAUCAAGCUAGAAUCGCCGAGCAGCGAUCACAGCCACUAUCUCGGGUUGGAUAGUUCGUACAGCUCAUCGAGCCAACCGUUGAAUCCGAACCUUCCUUACUCGCCUGAUUUCCCCGACAACUCCGAUGCUAGCCUGUGCAGUUCCGACAUUUCGCUCGACGAAUGCUUCGACAACGUAGACGAGGCUACCUCCGAUACGAUGUCGCUGCAAAACCUAGACCUUCAAACUAACCUUAACGCCAACGGUGGACCACAGGGUCUUCACAACGGUCCCUCGCACCAGCAACAGCAGCAACAGCAGCAGCAGCACCAGCAGCUAGUCAAUCACAACAACAAUACGAUCGGCUCGAUGAUGUCAAACAUGGCCGGCAGCAUUACGCACAUCGAUAAGCUCUACCUGAUGCAAAACUCGUACUUCAACUCGACGCAGAUCGAGCAGUGACCGUC